AUGGGUAAUAUUUGCUGUUGUGGGGAAAAAGCCAAUAGUGAUGAUGGCAUUAAACAACCUUUUAAAGACUCGCAGUCAUCACAAGAAUUAAAAGGUGAUUAUAACCAAUUAACAUAUCCAAUGGUGGUAAAUCCAGUGAAAAAUCCAACGACAAAUCCAGUGACAAAUCCAAUGACAAUAACGGCAGUAACAAACAAUUCUGUGCUCAAUAUAAAUAUAUCUACACCAAAAGAAGAUAUCUACAGGGAUCCUGAUUAUCAAUUUGAAAUGGAAUUACCUCAUGAAAUUAAAAAUGAAGGAGAAGAGGAUGAGGAGCCACCAGAGGCUGAUAAAUCUAAGGAUGAUGACAACGAACCACCAGAGGAUAUUGAUGAUCAAUUUGGAAUGGAAUUACGUGAUGAUGACAUUAAUGAUGAUGAACCACCAGUUUAA